AUGGCACCAAUGGAGGAUCGGCUGAUUCAUGAUGAGCUGUCUAAAUUGGCGGGAACUAUACGCUCCUGGGCAAAACGACACAGUGCAGCAUCCCCGAAUACCUUGCAGGGUAUCCCGAGAGAAGAUAAAGAUGUGAUUAUCGAAGGACUAGGGGAAUACUGCAGCGAGCAUGAUUGGGACUCGCUUAUCCAGAAGAUCCCAAUAUCUUCUGGUAAAGUCCCGGCGAUUCUUGUACAAGCCUUGUUAUCCAGGCUUGUUUUUGAAACAUUAUUCGCGGAUUGUUUCUUUGCUUUCACAAGAAAUGGAAAUGAUGGCACUACACCUGAGCGGGCUGAAAUGGUAAAGGUCUACAAGGCUAUGCGACAAGUUGACGAGACAUAUGCACACGCUUGGCGCUCACAGACUUUGAUUGGGAGACUCAGUCGUGAGCUUGCAACCAAGUUCCUCGCCAGCCCAGCCAGUCACAUCUUCCGUCAAACUGCAAGAGCUGAUGAUAUCCGCACACGUGAACAGGAGCUACAAUCGCUAUUAAAUGGCGCUGCGCAGCUGGCAUUAUCUCUCUGGACUCAGCGGCCAUUCAUAGUCUGCUGGAUAGAAUAUCACGAUUUCGCUAUCAACCACCGCAAAAUGAGCGCCCACCGUCUACACCAUCUCGACGAAGAUGAUACUAGACUGGACGGUAAGAAGGUACUCCUUUUCAUUCAACCAGCCAUCCUAGCCUAUGGCACCGCAGAUGGCCAGGAUUACAACCAGCGCAAAGUGUGGAUGCGGGCGACUGUCGUGGUGGACGAGGGAUCCUGAAUGUUGACUUAAAAACCAUCCCGUUCGACUAUCUUGA